AUGCGCGUUUUCCUCUGCCGGACCCAGAUGUGCUACGAGCACUGCCAUUCCGAGGGAGCCGCUUACAUGGCUACUCAGUUUGGCUUCGAGUGCUUGUGCAGUCAUGACGCAGACCUCGACUACGCCCGCCACUCCGAGGGCACCGACGGCCUGUGCAUGACGGAGUGCGAAGGGGACACGCUGCCCACGAGUACGUCGUGGCGUGGGCGUUCAAGUCGACGUAACGUUUGCCUCGAACUUGCGCUGUUGUUUCCAGAUCUGUACAAGAUCGCGGAACCGAAGGAAGUCGAGGAGGUCGACGAGGUCGACGAGUACGUGGGGUGCUUCGCCGACGACCCGGAAGAUCGCCUAUUGGGUAAUGAAAUCAAGCACCAGCCCGACAUGACCCAGGUCGUCUGCCGCGUGUAUUGCGAAGGCUAUGAUGCGCAAUUCUACGCGACCCAGUACGGCGACGAGUGCUGGUGCGGAAUGUCUAACGAUGAGGAGGACUACAAGAGGCACGGGUCGGGAUCAUGUCUCAUGGAGUGCUCCGGUGACUCGGCGACUGUCUGCGGCGGGUUCAACGCUUUCAACCUGUACAAGAAUAAGGACAACCAGUGAUGAGGUGGUAGUUGAAAACGACAUGUACCCUGGUGUGAUGGCGCCAACGCAUAUUUGAUUUAUUUUCGGUGUAGCGUAUUUUUCGCUUCCAUUCGACUUCGGUUUGAUUGGGUUUACUUUACGGUUUGCGAAAGAUGAGACAGGCGUAUACAUUUCGCGGAGGACUGUGACUGUCAGCUUGGCGUAACGACUGCUUUUUUGUUGUGCGGGCCGUUUUUGGCGUCGUUACAGUUUGCGAUAGACCCAAUGCUCGGAGUAGGCAUGCCCUGGCGCGGCAAAUAUUCGGUGAUCUGAUGUCCAUGGCGUCUGAAUGCAUUCGACAGUAGAUAAGCACUAGGGCAUGGCGGCCGCCCGCCCGUUAGGCUGGAUUUACGUCGUCGUCGGGAGGAGAAGGCCGGAGCCGGCGGAUGUACGUGGGUUGUGUAACUUUGGGUAACCGUUGUCAUGAUGUAGUAUACGUAUUGGAGACGGUAGCACAAAUGUGCGGCGGUAUGAACACUUUGGGACGUGAAGGAAGAGAAAGACAGAAGUACAGCGGUAAGAAUUGGUUGGGUGGGGAAUGAAGGAGAGCUGUUCAUUGUGCAGAAUGAAUGUAGAGUAUAUAUAGUACACAGGAAAAAUUGGUAGAGAGGUCAAGGAACAGGAGUAAUAUACGACCUUCUUCUAGCACAGACGUAAGUUGAGAGGUGAAGAAAGAGGAGCAAAAAGGGGGAAUUGGUUGGGAGGCGAAGGGAGAAAGGAAGAAAGGGUGUCCAUUGUUGCAUAUGAAUAUGUAGGGUAUGGCACAGGCGUAUACUGUAUGUAGCGGUACAAAACAGUAACGUCAUGUUUUUGGGUGCUAUAUAUUGGGCACGGAAAAAAAAGACACGUAUACUGAUAACCACAAAGAAUAGUCUAUAUGGAAUGGAACUCUCACCUUUGAACAACGCAGCCCCGCAGUGACCGCAUGGCGGUGCCGAUUCGACGAGUAGGUUGGUUGGCCGUUGGCCAAGUAUGAAGGAUAUCUAACCUAGUCUCGAGCACAACAGCUUCUCAUGCUCGGUGAACGUCGCUAGUAAAGGAGGCAUUAAGGACGUCCAUGGACACCCGGAAGACGCUCGUGGAAGUCGUGCGUAAACAUCGAU